AACAUGCAAUGGAGAAGCCACGUCACUGGCCUCGCGUUUACCUUCGUUUUUGUUGUAUCAUAUUUCACAAAUAAGUUUGUCCUGUCAGUGCUGAACUUCACCUACCCAACUUUAUUUCAAGGAUGGCAGACACUUAUUGGAGCUGUUCUGCUUCUGCUGUCUAAAAAACUGGGAUGGGUGGAAAUGAGCCACAUCAGCAGACCUGCUGCUGUUUCGUGGCUUCCCGGCUCCUUCUUGUUUGUGGGAAACAUAUACGCAGGUUCAAGGGCCUUAUCUCGCAUAGACAUUCCCGUUUUCUUUACUCUUCAAAAUUCCUGUCACGUCGUCGCCUACGUGAUCCUGAAGGUCCUCCGCAGAGACAUGACGACACAGUGGCUCAGAUUCACCAGCAUCUGUCUGAUGCUGCUGGCGGCCGUCAACCUCCCCCUGUAUGACCCUCAGUUUGACCACAGUGGUUACCUGUGGGCGCUCUGUCACCUUCUUUGCGUUGGUGCCUACAGGGUGUUUCAGGUUCACAAGUCCAACAGUUUAAGUGACAUUGAGCAGCAGUGUGUUAACUACCUGUUCAGGUAA